GCUUCAACAAGCUUCUCACCAACUCAUUGAUGAGUUUCCAAUGCGCUGGCCCCUCGCAGUCCUGUGCGCCACCCGUGGGGUGUCCUCCUCAGCGCUCGGAGCGACCCGUGUCUGGUGUCCUCCUCUGCCGGAUGAGCGACCCAGUGAAUGUGGGCGGCAGUCUGGCCGGGAGUCGCAGGGCACCGCAGUGCGGUCCUUGUAUGACGAGGUGGCCAAGGUCUGGGCGCACGUGAGCGAUCUGCUGGAGUUGGCCGAACGACCGGAAGAGGAGCUGGAGCAACUGCUGGCCGUGUCGCAGUUCUUGAGGAAAGUGCAGCAGCUCUUGUGCUUCAUCAACUACACGAACUGUUACGAACCACAGGAGUACCAUGAAGCCAUGAGUCAACAGUGCUGGAGCGUCACGGACAGCUGCUUCCAGCUGGGCCUCUGUCGAGAAGAGAUCAACAUCUGUGAGACGUUGGCCGCAGAUGCUGGGAAGAGCCUGGGUUUGAUCUUCAAGCAGUUGGAGCUGCAGGUGCUCGAGCACGUGAAGAGGAGCGCGGCGCAGCUGUCGGCCUCGAAGUUUCCGACGGCCAACGCCUCCUGCGUGCCGCGCUCGCCCAGCAGGAUCUUGGGCUUCAACGGGAGCUUGCAGAUCCUGCAGGCACAGGAGAGGCCGCUCUUCACGCGCCAUCGUGUGUUGCAGGUGGCACGCAGCGUGCGGGGGCCGAACGAUGAGGGACCCGCAUUGCCUUGGUACGUGGUGAAUCUGGGCGCGUCUGUGAUGGACGGAUGCCUGGACUCUGCCAGUUGCCUGGUGGAGCAAGAGAAGUAUGCAGCCGUGCUGCUGGAGUGUCAGGAGGACCUGGCCAAUGAGCUGCGGGAACUGCAUGCAGACCGUCCGAAUGUGCAGGUUCUGAACCAAUGCCUCUCGCCCUCGAGCUGGGUCACUGCCGUCGUGAGUGCGGUCUGGAACCGCGAGCGGCGCCUGCCGCCGCCCAGGUCUUUCUUCCCUUUCUUCCUCAAGAUCGACGUGGACAAUGGCGAUUGCGACUUCCUGGCGGCCUGGCUCGACGCCGGCCUUCGACCAGUCUUCUUGGAUUUGGAGUUGAUCCACUCCUAUGUGCCACCAGAGAUUCAGGUGAGCUUUCCCUACGUCCACCUGGGCCAGUGGGACUUCACGGAGAGCCGUGCGGACGACGUCAUCGCGCGCGGCUGCAGUCUGGGCGCAGCUGCCCACAUCCUGGGUGAUGAGUACGUCUUGCUCUCCUGGAGCUAUGACAAGGACGUCAAUGCCCAGUUUCUGCACGUCGACUGGGCCCAGCAGUUGCAGCAACCCGUCGUGCGGCUCCGCGACGCCGGCGAUGUGACGACGCCGUCGCUGGGGCGCUUCUGGCGACGGGCGGUGAGUCUACGGGAGGCCUGGGAUGAUCACAACUGGCACGGCUUGGAACUGCCCUUGGAGUUCCUCCUCUCCGAGGAGAUUUCCUUGGAGCGGAAGAGCCUCGCUGGAGAUCUUUUUGAACACACGAGGAGUUGGUGGGUGGGAGUUGAGUUGGUGGGUCGAGAUAGAGUCUGAGUUUGAGAGAGUUUUUCUAUCUCUCUGGGGGGGUGAACAGGUGGAUGGACAGGAGACUGUUUAGUUCUGUAACUUGAAACUGCCACAUGUCUCACAACAAGAUUGCCUGAUAGAGGUAAUAGGCCCUGUG